AUUUUCAAAAUAGCAUUUAAUAUGAUAAAGCAUUUCAUAUAUGAAAAAAUGAGGAAUUUGAUACACCUGCACUCGUCAUUGCAAAGCGUAAGCGAGUAUUUUCCAUUAGAAGUGUUGCCCAACGAGUGUGGUGGGAAAGCAGGUCCGAUACAAGAAUUAAUGGACACGCAUUUGAAGAGGAUUGAAAACUUUCGUGAAUGGUUUUUGAAAGACGAAAAAAACAAUCGCGUGAACGAGUCACUGCGGAGUAAAAAGCUAUAGAAUUUAAUGAUCUAUCUGAAGUGAACAGCAUACACGCACACACAGACUUAUAACGACAUUCUUAUGUAAUAAGAUUUUAUAUUUAACGACAAUCGUAAUAUGUAAUAAGAUUUUAUAUUUAACGACAAUCGUAAUAAAAACAAAGCAUUAAUAUUUCUUAUAUUGUCUAUAAAGUGUCUUAUAAUCAACAAAUUACUUAUUUACGGGACAUAAAUACCAAGCCCAAUUAUUGUAAAGGAAAAUAUUUAUUAAA